AUGACCGUCCGAUGGGUAUUAGAAAAGAAAGAAAUAAACAGCAACAUUGGAAUCACUUUCGGUGGUCCGAAAUCAGAUGAUGGCAACGCGGUUCAUCCGGUAUUCAUUUGGACUGUCAAGGGAGGAAGAAUGAAAAAGAUUGACAUUAUUCCAGGCUUGCGAGUGAGUAAGAUCUGUGACCAUUGGGUUCGGAAUGCAGAACAAGCCAAUCGUUUGGUCAAGUUGGCACCGCCUGGGCCUGUUCCUGUCGAGACCUAUGGCAAAUACUAUCCAGUCGAAAAGACUACCAAGGACGAAAAGGCAGGCCUAGCAUUGAACAUGACCAAAUUUCCACUCGCCUUGCCCAAUGGACUGCGGGCAAUCCAAGAAGUGGUAGAGAUCACCAAGGUCAAUCCGAAUGGAAUGUAUCCCGAGAUUGCUGAAGGUCAUAUUUUGUGGGGAAUCAAUGGCACCAAGAUUACUACCAUGAAGCAAGCCAUUAAAUUGCUUCGAAAAAAAAGAAGUCUUCGAUUGGUGGUGUUGGAUCCAGAGACCCUAGAUUCCACUGUCAAGUCGAUUGUCGAUGGUCCGAAUGCGUCAUCAUCUUCUUAUUCUUCAAGUCCAACCAGUACCAUGCCAUCUGAGGAGCCCAUGCCCCACGAUGAUGGCGACAAGAAGGAUGUGGACAAGGAUCCUACUGCUUCUACUACUGCUACUCCUGGUGACAUGCCCAGUUCACCUGUCAUGACAGUCCUGGAGAAAUCGUUUGACCUUGACGAAGACUCGGCAUCGAUUUACGAUGAUGAAACAACCCUUUUGGAAGGUGACGAAGAAUUUGAAACAGGUCCGGCCCUUUGGUGUUAG